GCGUGGUCAUGACGUGUGGACAGCUUGCAAAAGGCAGAAGGAAGGAGAAGGGGGAACUCUCUUCCUGGGAGCCGGAGGAGGUGACCUCUGAACUGGGCCUUCAGGGAUAAAGAGGAGUUUGUCGGGCACGGGGCACCCAGAGGGAACUGUCUGAGCAAAAGCGACGGGCAGGAGGCCGGCUCCCUCCGGCUCCUCUCGGGUGAAAUGCAGACACUCUAACCCAGCGGAUUAACGAAGCCCUGUGUUGACACAAAUGACAGCCCUGCACACCUACGGGACACGCGGUUCUUGGACUUGUAUGGUCGCGAUGUCUCUGGAAGUAGCUGCCCUCCUCCGGCUUGGCCACGGCGGAGUGCGGGAAGCUUCUCAGGGGAGCGGAGAUAGCCGCUGUUAACAUUUUGGAGGCAUCUCCUUCUCAUCCUACCUACAGCGAAAAUCAGCGAUGACGCCGUAUACUCCGCUUGAUCGGAUGCCUUUUCCUAACAUGUUUAGCUUUGCCGUGAUUUUGAAAGACUACAUAAUGUUUCAGCUUAUUCCAAUGGUGGUAAUAACGCGCAUGGAAAUCACCAAGGAGAAGCAUUCCACCCUCGGAUCCAGGUGAAGCUCACCGAAGCCCAUUAAUCAUCCAUCAGUACAGACCAGCAGUUCCAAAUUCACUUCACACAGAAGGAAAAGCAGUCAGCUCGAAGCCGGAUAGCAAGCCAGCCUGAAGUCGGCAGUAGCAGGAGCCCAUGGUAGCCAGGUGGGCGAAGGGGAGCCAGGACGGUGCGCCCGCCUUGAAGAAGACGGCUUCUGACCUGCUGAGAGGUCCCAAGAGGCUGACAAUGGACCCAAUUCACCUUGGCAUGUCCAGCGCUCCCCUGGUGAAGCACACAGCGGGAGCUGGGCUCAAGACCCACAGACCUCGUGUCAUGUCCAAGAGUGGACACAGCAACGUGAGGAUCGACAAAGUGGACGGCAUAUACCUACUCUACCUUCAAGACCUGUGGACGACAGUGAUUGACAUGAAGUGGAGAUACAAACUCACCCUGUUUGCCGCCACGUUCGUGAUGACCUGGUUCCUUUUCGGAGUGAUCUACUAUGCCAUCGCGUUCAUCCACGGGGACUUGGAUCCGAGUGAGCCUGUUUCCAACCACACCCCCUGCAUCCUGAAGGUGGAUUCCCUCACCGGGGCCUUUCUCUUCUCCCUGGAGUCCCAGACGACCAUUGGCUACGGCGUCCGCUCCAUCACGGAGGAAUGCCCUCAUGCCAUUUUCUUGUUGGUUGCUCAGCUGGUCAUCACGACCUUGAUUGAGAUCUUCAUCACGGGCACUUUCCUGGCCAAAAUCGCCAGACCCAAAAAGCGGGCGGAGACCAUCAAGUUCAGCCACUGCGCUGUCAUCACCAAGCAGAACGGGAAGCUGUGCCUGGUGAUCCAGGUGGCCAACAUGAGGAAGAGUCUCCUGAUUCAGUGCCAGCUUUCUGGCAAGCUCCUCCAGACCCAUGUCACCAAGGAGGGCGAGCGGAUCCUCCUCAACCAAGCCAGCGUCAAGUUCCACGUGGACUCGUCUUCGGAGAGCCCCUUCCUCAUCCUGCCCUUGACAUUCUACCACGUGCUGGAUGAGACCAGCCCCCUGAGGGAUCUCACACCCCAAAACCUGAAAGAGAAAGACUUUGAACUUGUGGUGCUCCUCAACGCCACCGUGGAAUCCACCAGCGCCGUCUGCCAGAGCCGCACGUCUUACAUCCCGGAGGAGAUCUACUGGGGCUUCGAGUUUGUGCCUGUGGUCUCUCUGUCCAAAAACGGGAAGUACGUGGCUGACUUCAGUCAGUUCGAGCAGAUCCGCAAGAGCGCCGACUGCACGUUUUACUGCGCGGAUUCCGAGAAGCAGAAACUGGAGGAGAAGUACAGGCAGGAGGAACAGCGGGAAAGAGAGCUGCGCAGCCUGUUGUUGCAACAGAGCAAUGUCUGAGAAACCGCAGCCUCGGUUUCCCUCUGCAGUUCUUGCCACGGCCGAGCUCCCUUCGAACAACCACCGUGGACCCACCCUGAGCACCCUGCAGACGUGCAAGAUCCACCUGCUCCUCUGGUCCUGGGGCUAGACAAGCAUCUCCACCUUUGACGGGGUUCCUGGUUGCAAUGCUUUGUCUGAAGCAAACUCAAAAUUCUCAUUUUCCAAAAUGGGGCUACAUUUUGAAGACCUUGGUGUAGGACAGUUGCAAACAUGUCCUGCUGGGUGGCCAGAGACAUUUAGCAAUGCUGACAGUGAAAGGAAAUACAUUUCUAUAUAAGGAUAUCAGCUGUAAUAUAAGGUAUUUAUUCAAUGCAAGUAGCAAAGACAUUAUGGCCGAGACUUGAAAUGUGGUUCAGUGUUCACUUACAUCAUGGCUUUAAAACACUUUUUUUUUUUU